AUAUCAUGGAAAUAUUUAACGACCGCAGCCUAGGCAGCACGUCAUGUAUAUUUUUGGAAACGGGUUACCGUAUAAAAGCCAGCAGUCAUUUGACUAGAUCCUUCAUCAACUUAUUCUUUUACACCCAUCUACCAUCUUUAUCAUUUUCAAACAAUGGGUCUCUUCUCUGAUGAUUCUGACCAGGCUCAAGCUUGGGAUCAAGUAAACAACGCUCCUCACAAGGCUGAGCUCUCCCAUGAACUGCUCGCUGCUGCCGCCUCCUACGAGGCCGCCAAGGCAUACGAGAAACAUGUUGCAGACAAUGGCGAGCCUGAUUCGCACGCAACAAGAAAUGAGCUUCUUGCUACCUUUGCUGGUGGUUUCAUUGAUCGUAUCGUUGAAACCAAGGGACUCGACUUCAUCGACAAGGAGAAGGCUCAGUACCACGCAAAGAAGCAGCUAGAAGCUCAAUUCUGAACGAUUUAAACACAAGCAACAGAAUGUAUAUACAUAUCUAUGUAAUAUAAAAACAAAUGCGUUACAACAAAUGACAUUUGAACUUGGCUUCUCA